GUGUUUACAUUCAUUGUGCGGCUCCCACUUAAUUAAUGAUUUGAUUUAUUAGAUCAGUAUUUUUUUAUGUUAAAUUAUUUAUAAGAAAAAAGAAAGAUGGUACAACCUGUUGCAUUAUAAAAAGGGGAAGAAGGCUUAGUGUGCAUAUUGCCAAAGUAAACUAGAAUCUGAAAGCAAAGCACAAUGGUUGAAACCCGUCCAAGACUUCUUGUUGAGUAUAUGCUCCUGAGUUUCCUCCUUUGGCAGUUUGGUUUUAGGCAUGGAUAUUCCGAGACAACUACUGAGUUGGAUCCUAAAGAAGUGGACGUCCUCCAAUUGAUCCUAGAUAUGUUACAGUAUAACAGGCCAUCAUAUUCAUACCCCAAUAGCUCAAUUUGCCGUUAUCCAGACUUGGAUACUAACAAUUUGAAGAUCAAGUGCACAGAGGACUGUGGACGUGACAAAAACAGAGCAUGCCAUAUCAAAGAGUUUUCUUUAACUGGCGCCGCUUUAACUGGUUUUAUACCUAAGGAAGUGGAGAAGCUUAAGCAUUUGGAGAUGCUUGAUUUAUCCGGCAAUCAACUUACCGGUUCCAUACCUGAUACCUUGUGGAAUUUGUCAUCCCUCGUACAAUUAGACCUUUCAAGAAAUCAAUUGACAGGAGGCAUAUCAAAGCACAUACAAUUCUUGCGCAAUCUUACUUAUCUCGAUCUGGAUCACAACUUGCUCAGUGGACAGAUACCAUCAUCUUUGGGUGCACUGAGUUCUCUGCAACUAUUGUAAGUAAACUUUCUGCAACUUUUUGUUUUCACCAUUGCACUUAAUUCUUCGACUUUCUUUGACUUGAUAUGAUCAGUUGGUUCCUUUGUAUAACAUUUCAAAUUCUUCUUUAUAAUCUGUGAGUUUUGCAGGUCUCUG